AUGUUCUUCAGCAAAGUGCCAAAAACGAUUAAAAAAGCAUCCACUCACAGCAUUGUGCUGCAUCUCAUCCUUUAUGUGCUGCAUGUCAUCGUUUAUGUAAUUUAUGUGCUGCAUGUCAUCGUUUAUGUGCUGCAUGUCAUCGUUUAUGUGCUGCAUGUCAUUGUUUAUGUGCCGCAUGUCAUCCUUUAUGUAAUUUAUGUGCUGCAUGUCAUUGUUUAUGUGCUGCAUGUCAUUGUUUAUGUGCUGCAUGUCAUCCUUUAUGUGCUGCACGUCAUCGUUUAUGUGCUGCAUCUCAUCCUUUAUGUGCUGCAUGUCAUCGUUUAUGUGCUGCAUGUCAUCGUUUAUGUGCUGCAUCUCAUCCUUUAUAUGCUGUAUGUCAUCGUUUAUGUAAUUUAUGUGCUGCAUGUCAUUGUUUAUGUGCUGCAUGUCAUCGUUUAUGUGCUGCAUCUCAUCCUUUAUAUGCUGUAUGUCAUCGUUUAUGUGCUGCAUCUCAUCCUUUAUAUGCUGUAUGUCAUCGUUUAUGUGCUGCAUCUCAUCCUUUAUAUGCUGUAUGUCAUCGUUUAUGUGCUGUAUGUCAUCGUUUAUGUAAUUUAUGUGCUGCAUGUCAUCGUUUAUGUGCUGCAUGUCAUUGUUUAUGUUCUGCAUCUCAUCCUUUAUAUGCUGCAUGUCAUUGUUUAUGUUCUGCAUCUCAUCCUUUAUAUGCUGCAUGUCAUCGUUUAUGUGCUGCAUGUCAUUGUUUGUGUGCUGCAUGUCAUCGUUUAUGUUCUGCAUCUCAUCCUUUAUAUGCUGUAUGUCAUCGUUUAUGUAAUUUAUGUGCUGCAUGUCAUCGUUUAUGUUCUGCAUGUCAUUGUUUAUGUUCUGCAUGUCAUCCUUUAUAUGCUGUAUGUCAUCGUUUAUGUGCUGCAUCUCAUCCUUUAUAUGCUGCAUCUCAUCCUUUAUGUGCUGCAUGUCAUCCUUUAUGUAAUUUAUGUGCUGCAUCUCAUUGUUUAUGUGCUGCAUCUCAUAAUUUAUGUCAUUUAUGUGCUCCAUCUCAUUGUUUAUAUAAUGUAUGUGCUGCAUCUCAAUGUUUAUGUGCUGCAUCUCAUUGUUUAUGUGCUGCAUCUCCAUGUUUAUGUAAUUUAUCUCCAUGUUUAUGUAAUUUAUGUGCUGCAUCUCAUUGUUUAUGUAAUUUAUGUGCUGUAUCCCAUCAUUUAUGUGCUGCAUUUCAUCGUUCAUGUAAUAUAUGUGCUGCAUCUCAUCGUUUAUGUGUUGCAUCUCAUCGUUUAUGUAAUUUCUGUGCUGCAUCUCAUCAUUUAUCAAGGUAAUGUCUGGCAGCCAUCUAGACAGUGGAAGAUGGACUCCAGACGGUUUCCUCAGUCUUCGGAGUGA